CAACGGGGAAGAUGGCGGCUGUGGAAGAGGAGGAGGUGGUUGAGGCCGAGCAGGCGGCUGCCACAUGUCAAGCGCUGAGCCGCCACAUUAACUGUCUGAGCAACGACAGCAAGAGUUCUCGACGCCGGGCAUUGGAGUGUAUCCGCGCUGGGACGGUGGAGCAGAAGCAGCUGUCUAGCGGGGUCCAACAGCGCCUGUUGACCUCCCUCCUGCGGCCUCUCCUCCGCUCCCUCUCCGAUCCGGCCGAACGCUGCCGGGAGCUGGCCGCACUCACCCUCGCCGACUUUGUACGGGCCGUGCCCCGGCCCCACGAGGCCCUGCCUCAGCUCAUCCCCGCCGUGGUGCAGCGCUUGGGCCAGCAGGAGAUCACCGAGCCGGCUGAGGAGCUGCGCCUGACCCUGCUGCAGUUGUUGGUGCUGACCGUCGAGGUGUGCGGUCGGCAGCUGGCAUCCUACCUGGAGGACAUGGUCAGGAUCCUGCAAAGAACCAUCGUGGACCCUUUCCCAGAGGUUAAGAAGAAGAGCUGCGAGUGCGCGGCCAAGUAUGCGAAAUGCACCCCCGCAACUUUUCAUAUGCAGUCCGAAUCUUUAAUAAAACCGCUGAUGCAGACCAUAUCUCACCAGCAUUCAAAGGUCCGUGUGGCAGUCAUACAGGCAACAGGAACAGUCAUUCAGCAUGGCAAUGGAAAAUCUGUUGAUGAUGUUCUCUCUCAUCUGGCACAACGACUUUUUGAUGAUGCACCACUGGUACGCCAAGCUGUUACGGAAGUAGUGGGGGGAUGGCUGCUGGAGCUCAGAGAUCGAUACUCUUACUUCUACAAGCUCAUCCCACUUCUGUUGAGUAGCUGCAGUGAUGAGAUUCCUCACAUCAGGGAAUUAGCUUCUGAUUAUUGGAGGAAAGUUGGACUCCAGUGGCAAAAGGAGAAUGAGGAUGAUCUUAAAGAUAAGCUUGACUGGUCAGCCCAACUCUCUGUUCGCUACCCUGCAGGUGUGGAACGACCUUGUCUUGGAUGCCGAGAGCUGGUGUUUCGGAACUUGUCCAAAAUUUUGCCGGCUGUUAGUCGAGACAUGACUGACUGGGUUCCUGCAACACGUGUUAAAGCAUCACAGCUCCUGACUGUGUUGCUGCUCCAUGCUGAAGAUCACAUCACACAGCACAUGGAGCUGCUUCUCAGUACCAUGUAUCGAUCAUGUUCUGAUGAAGAGACACUUGUGGUUCAGAAUUCUGUAAAGGCAGCAGAGCUGAUUGGAACUUUUGUGGAUCCCGAAGUCUUUUUGAAAUUGAUUCUGACAACACUCGAGAAGUCAGCCUGCACUGCUCACCUGAUGGUUCUCAGUGCGGUCAUUAGAGGUAGCUCAAAACAAGUGCUGCAUCCACAUCUGCUGAGAAUUGGAGCAACACUGGCUCUUCCUGACACAUGCCAAGUGUCCCAAAAGGUUGAGUAUUUGGAACAACUGCUUCUUUGUGUGCAGAUCCUAAUUACGGUAUGUGGAAAGCAAUGCAGUGAAAUCAGUUUGCAUCUGCUUAAAGUGCUGGUGACCAUCACGUCCUUAACACCUGAUCAAGAACUUGAAAAUAAGGUAGAGAAGACCUUGACUUCCUUGGCUGCAGCACAGAACUUCAAUGACUCUUUGCAUCUGUACAGACAACAUAUGAGUCAACUGAUUGGAUGGGUGGCCAACACACAGCACCAGUGGACUAGCUACUCUGUGCAGCACUUGCAGUUUGAAACUAUUAUAACUCAAUCAGGUCCUGUGCUUGGGGAAUCAUUGCAUGAAGUUUUUCCAGUUUUGAAAACUUGCCUUCAGCCCAGCAAAGAUCCUGAGAUGCGCUUAAAAGUCUUCACAGUGCUGUCAAAAUUAUUGCUUAAUGCCAAUGAAACUCUGAAUUCUCAAGGGCAUUUCAGUAGCUACCUGGAGAUACUUGUAAGAGAUAUUUUGGUGCCUAAUCUGCUGUGGCAUGCUGGGAGGACAGCAGCUGCAAUCCGCACGACUGCUGUAUCCUGUCUGUGGGCUCUGCUGCAUAGCAAGAUGAUUACAUUGGAACAGGCUCUUGGAUUAUAUGAAGACUUGAUGCCAAAAGUGAUUACUGCAUUGGAUGAAGAUUCCAAAAUGACUCGAUUAUUGGCCUGUCGGAUUAUCAGUGCUAUUUUAAAAGUUUGUGGGAAUCAGUUAGGUCAUGACAAGCUUAAUAAAUUGUAUCCAGAGCUUUUAAAACGUCUGGAUGAUGGUUUGGAUGAAGUCCGUGUAGCAGCUGCCAAAGCUUUAAGUAUUUGGUUCCAGUGCGCUGGGAAUAAUUAUGAUCAAUUACUGUUCAAGAGCCACCUUGAGUUUCUGUAUCGUGGACUUUUGGUUCAUUUGGAUGAUCCAGAGAGUCAUAUCCAAAAGCAGCUUCUCGAUGUCCUAAAGAUAGGGAGUUUUCUUUCUCCAUCAUUACUGACACAAGAGAUCGAGGCUGUGAAGCACAAACAUCGCAGCCCUCAUUACUGUGAACAGCUGCUACAACAUAUUCAGGCAGUCAGUGGAGAUGCCAGCUAAGUCUGGAACCUGAUGCUUCAAUUGGAGAUGCAAUACAGAUGCCGUGUUGAAUCAUAGCGGAAAAAAUAUGCACAUGGUAUUUAUAGGAUAUGAAUGAAAGGGGAAAAAUCUUAAAAGUUAAACAUGAUAUUUAAUGGUAGACAUUUUAAUAUCAAAAUACUGAUGAUGGAUUGGCAUUGACAGCUAUCAGAAGUUAGCUGAGAAACAUUGGGUUCUAAUCCUUCAUUUUGCUUAAGUUCUCAGACUUUUCAGAAAGGAGAAAGAACAUCUUGUAUCAAAUUGCUGGUGGCUCAAACAUAUGCUAUCCUAAUCUCCUAAGCAAUUUGAAAGCGCAGUACAGUUUUCAAACUUUGAAAGAUAUUUCCAUUGUGUAAAAUGGCAUGUUCGAAAGAACAUGUGUGAAGCACAGGAACGUACUGUUCAUACCGUUUUGGAAUUUGUUUGGAGCCUAGAAUGUUGCAGUGGUGGGAAAUUCUAGAAUACACAGCAAAACAGUUGGCAUUUUAUGACAAUAUGAGAGCAGUUUCAAUCUUGUUUCCAAAUGCAUCUUUUCUCCCUUGUUAAUUGGGCUGCUGUGUACUUCUGCCACUUAAGUACUUUAUUUAUGAUGCCUGGCAAUUUCUGUCUUAUUUCUGUUUCUAAACCUUUUGUCUCUUUUGGAGGGGUGGUUGCGUAAAUGAGGAAUAACCAUAUUCAUUUUUGUUUCUUGGAAAUUGUUGAUUUUGUUUAUUGAAGAUUGCCUGUUUCAAUGCUGCUCUGUUUUUAGUGUCUACAUUUUUGAAGCAUUUAUAGUUUUCUUUACAUAUUUUCUGGGAUUAAAUUUUUAGUUUCUGAUUAUUCCCCAUUGAAGAUCAGUCAGCAGAUAUAGUAUUUGUUGUUCCUGAAUUAUAUUUUUCUUCAUUUUUGUGAUUUUUGUAAUACAUU